AAAGAGUACAGGGUAAGCAGUCAGUCGAUUGUCGAUUGUCGAUUGUCGAUUGACAUUUACUUGGCGGUGGGUGGCCGGACUGUGUGUUGUGUAUUUGGGAGAGAUAAGGAGCAAUGGAGAACCCCGCUAUUCUGACUGAGUGGUUCGAUCGAGUUGACUCCAACAAAACCGGAAACAUAACCGCAACUCAGCUCAAGAGUGCUUUUGCCGUCGGAAACCUGAAUUUCCCUGUAUCCGUUGUUCAGCAAAUGAUCAGGAUGUAUGAUUUCGACAAAAACGGAACUAUGAGCUUUGAAGAAUUUGUUGAGCUCAAUAAGUUUCUCCUCAAGGUUCAACAGGCAUUUUCGGGCUUCGAGAGGGGAUGUGGAUUUCUUGCUCCAGAUGAAGCAUACAAGGCAUUGGCGAAAAUUGGGUUCUCUCUCGACUCACCCGCUUUUUAUAGUGCUUGUGAGAGUUUUGAUCAAUCAAGGAGUGGAAAACUCAGACUUGACGAUUUCAUCUCUCUUUGUAUAUUUGUACAGUCGUCGAGGAACCUGUUCAAUUCAUUUGAUACAAGCAAGCAAGGAAGGGUGACUCUUGACUUCAACCAAUUUAUAUAUUGCACUUCAAAUUGCAGAAUAUGAUGGGAGGGAGCAGUGUGUUGUUGUUGAGCAUGGUCAUCCGUCGGGGUGUUGACGAAUUACCGUUAUGGCAAUGUUUGUUGUAUCAUAUUGACAGCGACUCUCGCCUUUGUUUAUAAUAUGUUGAGAUUAUUUUUGGUUUAUUUGUAGAAUGAAUAAUAAAAGAUAAAUUGUAUAGUGGUGAUUGAUGUUCUCAUAAGCCCCACAAUCAAUAUAAAUGCUCGUGUGCAGUGUUGGAUCCGAUAAUUUGUGGAGCAUA